AUGGAUUACAUACACCGUGGAGUGAAUUUUAUGUGCAUGGAGGUGCCAAUGUUCAUCUACAUGGCAUCUUCAUUCAUCCGUAUGCCAGUUUAUCAGUCAAUGCUGUACGAGAAGGUGUGUUGGCGGAGGUACGAUGUAAGUUUUGAAAAGCUUUGGUAUGGAGGAGUUUAUUAUACAAGAUUUUUACUUUAGUACUUUAAUUUAAAGAGAAUUCUAUUGUAGUUGCUUCAAUGUUUAAUUCUAGGUAAAUUCAACGAUAGACUGCACAAACUCGACUCAAAUUCGGUUUGACACGGGUAUACAUGAAGAUUACAAUAGACUCUUCUUAACCUCAUCACUUUGUCUACUGAUACCUUCACUUAUCUUCACUAUCUUGCUUGGAUCACGUAAGUCAAUAGUACAAGAACAGUAAUUGACGUUAUUAUACAUAAAUGAAGCUAAAAUAAAUAUUUUCAGUGAGCGACGUAUGGAGUAGUAAAAAAGCAAUGAUUAUACCAUUUAUCGGCCUCAUUCUGGGUGAUUUCAAUUACAUUUUUCAAGCCAGCUUUAUGGAUAUCAAUCCUUAUUUCGUGGUGAUCAGUGACAUUUUGUUCGGCAUUUUUGGCGGAUAUUCAGCUAUUAUCAGUAAGUUACCGUUAAGAAUAUGUUAUCACGACAACAUUUUUUUAUUUUUUCGUAUUUUAAAUUUUUUUUGAUUUUUUUUUAUAGUGCAAUAUUCAAGCUUUAAAAACCUUUUUUUAUUUUUUAAAAUUUUUUUAGGUUUUUUUUAAAAUUGAUAAUAAUUAACUCUCCAGGUACUAUGUUCUCACACUCAAUCAAAGUGACAAUGUUUGAGGAUCGUAGCGAACGUGUAGCUUUACUAGAAGGAGCAAUCGGUCUUGGUGCUACUAUUGGAUCUUUUGCCUCCGGAAUUUUGAGACAGUAAGUAAAAAAUACUUUAAAAUUUUUUUGAUCAAGGCAGUAGACUUUUUUGUAAUUUUGAGAUUUUAAAAUUUAAAACAAAUUGUUGCAUCGUGCAGUCGAAAAAAUAAUAGACUUGCACCGUGCAGGGUUGAUUUGAUUCUUUAUCAGAUUUUAUGAAAGAUAAUGAUUUUGAAGUUGGAAAAUUAAAUUUAAAGGUUUUUUUAAUUGUAUUGUCAUAUUUUAGAGCCACCAGCUACAGUGUUGUGUUCACGAUCAAUUGUUUCUUACAUGUUCUUUCUGUUAUCUACAUUAUUGUUGCUGCCAGCGAUAUACCACUUAUGGAUAAUGGAGAGGCUAGAAGUAGGUUUUACAUUGUUGGAGUCGAUUUGUACUACUCUGUCUUAAUGUACUAAAAGUUUUAUAGAUUACGUUUUUUUGGCACAUAUAUUGUUAUAUUGCACUAUAGGCAAUACUAUAUUAAAAAUUUUUGAAAAAUUUGUAUUUUUAAUUAAAAAUGGAAAUUUAUGACAAUAUACGAUUUUAAAUGAUAAUUUCAGCUCAAAUGGCAUCCAUAGCUGACGGAGUACGAAUGCGUUUGAAGGAGUACGGCAAUGUUAUCACCGCUCACCGAGAAAGCUGCUUGAGAAUGCUGAUCUUCGCCACCUUUUUGGCAUUGUCAAUCGAACUGUUUUCUUAUUCUGGAGUUUCGGACAUUUUAUUCUCAUUCUUGUUACAUCGAUUCGCUUGGACUGACAGGGAAUACGGUUUCUUCAGAAGUUUGUCCAGUGCUCUGGGUUGUAUUAUGGUAGAUUUUUUUUAAUAUUGUUUUUCAUAGGUGUGAAAUACGAUAAUAGGACCACAGAAUUUUAUUGUAAAUAUUUUGCGGUUAUAGAAAAAUAUGUCACGAUGACGGAGAAAAUCUGUCAUUAUGGCAUACUUAAAGUUGUAAAAGUAUACUGUGAUAACGUGUAGAUGUUAUUUUUAUUACUUGUCUGGUUACUUUUAUUAAUAUUAACAGCUGAUUUUAACAUUUAUCUAUACUCACUUUGCUUUAGACGCUGGUAGGCUAUCCAUUAUUGCGAAAACGAGCUGACUGGUCGAACGCUAGCUUGGCUAUUUUGGGUGUUCUUAUGAAGAUCAUCUUCUUGCUUACUCUAGCCUUCUCAUACAAUCCGGUUGUAACAUAUUUGACGGUAAUCCCACAAAGCUUUAUGCGAUUUGUUGCCAGCGGCUUGAGGGCCAUGAUUGGACAGUUUGUCAUGGAUUCGGAGCAGGGUAAGUCAAAAGUACUAAAAUUUUUGUUACAAUAUUAGAUUUUGCAUUUUUUCGAUUUUUUUUGGAAUUUGCUGGAUUUUUUUAAAUUUUAAAACUUUUAACUGAUUAAUUUGUGGCUUUUAAAUUUUAACUUCAGGCAAUAUUUUUAUUUUUUGUAUUUUUAGGUAGAAUUUUUGCUUUAAUAGCAGUGGUGGAAAGCAUCUCAUCAAUAUUCGCUACAACAAUAUUCAACGGGUUAUAUCCAAAAACUUUAAAAACCUUUGACGGUCUUGUAUUCGUACUGACGGCAGUUGCUCUACUUUUACCUUUGGUCAUCAUAAUGUAAGUUUUUGUACUUGGUUUUAAGGCUCUUUUUUGUAAUAUACGGAUGAGGUACUUACGAUGGUGUUCAGUAAAAGGAUUUUUUAUUAUUAGGCCAACAUAAAACCUAAAAAAGAUUUCUGUUUGUAACUUUAAAUUUUAUCAUAAAAAUUUUGAAUUUUGAACUAAAAAUUUCAUUUUAGUGGAAUCCGCAGGAAAAUGAAGACGGCUUGGGCUGACGAUGAAGAGCUGGAACGUUUGAGACGAGAGUAA